AUGGCAACCCAUGAACUCACGAACGAGAGUGAGCUAGAAAACUCACUGGCCGUAGAACCGCAACAGGAAGAAGAAGAGAACAGGUUACAGCGUCACCUCCCUCAACGAUCGCCGCAUCUCUAUCGCCGUUCAAACCAGGAAAACGCCACCACUCCGACAACCGAUUCUGGAGAGAGCCUGUAUACAUGGAGGAAGCCAUUUAGAACACCCAGUGAUAGUGGCACAGAGGCAGACGAUGAGGCAAACGGAGCACUGAAACGUGUGCCUGCACCUCUGGUGAGUAAGAGGAUUGAAUAUCGGUUUAAGAGAGGUACUACUGAACGCAAGGAGCAUGGGGACUCGACUGUUCUCCGGCGCUCCAAAAAGCGUAGAGUUGAGACACCGGAUAUAGAAGAACUGGAAUUUCAUAUAUCUAUUGGGGCAAGGCUUAGGAUUGAAGUUUUGCGGCGGAUUUGCGAGACUGGACUUGUUCUCGGUGUUGCGUUUGCUGUGAUGUUACGACGUGGUGUCCGCUCGGUGGUAAAAGCUUGGUUUUUAGAAUUAUCUGUUUUCUCGCUCCUUAUCUUGGGGCUCUAUGCCAUAUUCCCACUCCGCAAGUGUCCGUAUGGUAGCUACCGCACAAAACUAAAGAGGAUUGUAGCUUUCCCGUUCUCGAGAGAUAUCGAUCCAGCUCCUCUGAUAUACCCAAUAUUGAUACCAGUUUUGACUGCCCUCUCACUAGGGCCGUCCUAUGAUGGCCUUGUCUUGUUGAACAUCAUUCUGAGCCUCUCUUCCCUACCAGCUGCAACUAUCCCUUUACAUGGCUCUGGAAGUUAUAGUGCAGUUCACUGGCUGAUCACCGCUAUUCCUCUCUUUGUUUCUGAGAGGGUGCCAUUUUGCCAAAGCCCAGGACGAGCCAUGUCGGAGCUCGGGCUUGAGCCGGAGCUUCUCAUCCUCAUUUUCCCACUACAAAAAUCAACGAUUUCGAUUAUCGAGUAUCUGGUCACGUCAAGUUUAUUACCAACAGAAGUACAACUUCUGGGAACUGCGUUGGUCAAUGUAUUGCUUGUCUCCAAUUCCCCACAGGCGCAGAUCCUGAAAGCUCUAGUUUGGUUAGGUGCGUUCUGCAUAUUUGUUACCUGCAAAAAUGCGCUGCUAUGGGAGGCCACUUUGGCUAGAAUUCCAUCGUGGAAGUUCCGCCGAGCAUCUAUCCGAACGACUGACGAUGAAAAUAUACUCGGUGCAUUAGACCGCCAAGUGUGCCAUACCCUGAACCACCCUUUUUCAGAAGAUCAAGCAUCAGAGAGCGAGGCUCUGGUGGACAUUGUUAGAACGAGUGGUCGCCAGGCUAGCCUGUUGUAUAACAACUUCACGAAGAUUUUGGCGACGGAGCUGGACUUUGACAAAAGGUCCUUCAAACGGCAUGAAUCGACCCAACAGUCCGUUUCGGCGGUGGAAAACGAGACAAAAAUCGAGGCGAGUCUGGAUAGCCUGGAUGAUAGGACACAGCUCUCUAGAGCAGGCAGCCAGCACAGCCAACACAUUACAACUUCCAAAGCUGGAGGGAUGACACCCCUUCGCAGAACUACAACUAAAGGUGGCCGACGAAAACGCCAAAUUCCGCAAAGUAUGAGAGCUUUUCUUUCCCUGACCAUGGAGCAGGCCACUAUUCGGAAAUGGGCUUAUGCGGUGUAUGUUUAUGCUAUGGUUCUUGCUAUCAUACUGGUACCGGUGAGGUGGUAUGUGGCUAGAUAUGCACUUGGUGGGCGCGAGCCUUUUGGAUGGGCGAUAGGGUAUCUCUUUGGAAACAUACCGUCCAUCAGGUUUACACUGUUACUCUGGAGCCUGGAGGGCUGGGCCUGUAUCCCACCACGGAUAUACGAUAGUUCGGCGUCCUGCCACCUAGGUUGGGUCGAACAUCUACGCCGCGACACUGUUGGAGAAGCAAACUCUCGCCUGUUCCUCUGCGCCUACUGUAUCCUUAUCCUGGCCGUCGGGCUAUCGCUAGUGUACCGGCUCUCCCGCGUCGUGGAAGUGGACACACGCCGGAAGAUCUUUCACGGCAUGAUGGUGGCCAUGUUCUUCCCGACAGUCUUCAUCGACCCAACCUUUGUUGCUCUGUCGUGUAUACUUGUUCUUGCGAUUUUCCUCCUGCUAGAGCUCUUCCGUGUCUCCCAGGUGCCACCACUGGCUCGGUGGUUGUCGUAUUUCCUUGCACCUUAUGUCGAUGGCCGUGACCAUCGUGGACCCGUGAUUGUGUCUCAUAUCUUUCUCAUGCUCGGCUGUGCCCUGCCGCUGCUGCUCAGCCUUGCCGGGACUCCCCAUCUGGGUUCUGUUCCGUGGGAAGGAUGGGAGGUCGACGGUCGAGAUGUAAGCAUGGUUAGCGGGAUUGUCUGUGUCGGCAUGGGCGACGCCGCCGCCUCUCUUGUUGGUCGACGAUACGGUCGACGUCGAUGGUUCUGGGGCGGAGACAAGAGUAUCGAGGGGAGUGCUUCGUUCGCCGCAGCCGUCUUUAUCGGCCUUGUGACCGCGAGGGUCUGGCUGGUCGUCGGAGGAUGGGAGGCCAACGUCUACUGGGCUCUAACGAUAACCAAGUCUACGAUUGCAGCAGUUGCAUCGAGCUUCAUGGAAGCCGUCCUGACGGGAGGAAACGAUAAUGUAGUUGUUCCUCUAGUUCUAUGGUUGCUGGUGCGAGGUCUACGGUUAUAA